UCCCCUCUCAUUCCCAAAUCCCAAACACAGACAAGACAGCAGAGGGGAAAAGAGAGAAGAGUGAGUGAGAGAGAGAGAGAAAGAGCGAUAGAAUGGAAGUAGAAGGAAAGACGACGCCGUCGAGGUUCAAAAGGAUCUGCGUCUUCUGUGGCAGCAGCUCAGGGAAGAAAGCUACCUACCAGGAAGCUGCGGUUGAGUUAGGCCAGGAACUGGUGGAGAAAAGGAUUGAUUUGGUGUAUGGAGGUGGAAGCGUGGGACUGAUGGGCCUUGUUUCUCAGGCUGUUCAUGAUGGUGGGCGCCAUGUUCUAGGAGUUAUUCCGAGGACCCUAAUGCCGAUAGAGAUAACGGGGCAGUCGGUUGGAGAGGUUAGAGCUGUAUCAGAUAUGCACCAAAGGAAAGCCGAAAUGGCACGCCAAGCCGACGCCUUCAUCGCCUUGCCAGGAGGCUACGGAACCCUGGAGGAACUGCUUGAGGUCAUUACGUGGGCUCAGCUUGGCAUCCAUCGCAAGCCCGUGGGAUUGUUGAACGUGGAUGGAUACUAUAAUUCAUUAUUGAGUUUCAUCGAUAAAGCUGUGGAUGAAGGGUUCAUCUCGCCGAUGGCACGUCGCAUUAUCGUGUCUGCACCAACAGCCAAAGAAUUAGUCAGGCAACUUGAGGAAUAUGAGCCCGAGUAUGAUGAAGUAACAUCCAAGCUGGUGUGGGAGGAGGUGGACCGAAGAAACUACGUGGCCGAACCAGGCGUGGCCACGUGAUGAUAAUUGCGCCGGAGGGAAUCGGAGGUCGGUCUGGCGUUUUGAUUAGCGGAGGGGGUGUUUUUUGGGGCCGGCGGCCGGGUGGCGAAUUUGAUUAUUGCUCAGUACAUAUUUUGCUCUUCACACAGGUGCAUGUUUGGGAUUUGCCACAGAGGAAGGAAGGUUGGGUUGGUAGGGAGGUUUGAAUUUGAUUGAUUAAUCUGCUUUUGGGGGUCAGCAAUGUAGUGGUGGGGUGAAUUAAUUAGUCUCUAUGAUAUUGUUAGCUGAAAGGGAGGAUGGGAAAGAAAGAGGGGAAGAGUUGGGGGACUGGAAUGGGAAUGGGAAUCUGUUUGUCCCUUUUUGUAAGGAAUUGAACAGUGGAGUGAUGAUAAUGGAUGUCGACGAAAAUUGGGGAAGCUUCCUUUCCUUCUUUCUUUCUUAAUUAUGUUUCUUUGCUGUCUUUAAUUAUUGAUAUCCAUCAUCAAGUCUCCGCCCUCCGGUGAUUGUGAAGCAGGCAAAGGGAAAACAAUUUGAAUAUCUUUUCCCUGCUCAAUGAUGAAUUGUUUUUGGGAGUGAUGGAAAAUGGAAUUCCAACGGAAUAUUCUAAAUUCCCAUAUCACAUGUAAUUAGUUGAUCGGUAAUGUGGUUAUUAGGACGAGGAAUUUUACAAUACUAUAUAGUAUUGGUGUUAUAAGUUUUUGUCUUUAUGGUACAACUUAAAAUUGUACCUUUAAUGUUAUGGUACAAUUUGAAUUUGUACCUAUAACAAUUUGAAUUUGGACCUAUACGUUUUGUACAAAUUCUUUUAUGGUACAACUUAAAUUUGUAUCUUUAUGUGAUGGUACAACUUCAAGUUGUAAAGUUGUACCACAAGUUGUAAAGUUGUACCAUAACAUAAUUGUACAAAUUUGUUUAUGGUACAACCUAAACUUAUACAUUUAAUGUUAUGAUACAACUUCAAAUUGUACAUUAAAACACCAAUACUAUAUAGCAUAGUAGAAGUGCUCUAUUAAGUACAUGUGUUGAAUAUCUUAAACAAUAGAAAUAGGUUACGAUG